AUGGCACUGUUCAAUUAUCUCAAGCCAAAAGCAUCAUACAUGAAAUACCCUUAUGGCGCCAGAACUGUGCUUUUUAAUCACCAUGCAAGUGAUGAAAAUAGGUACAAAAAGAAACCUGGAAAAGUUAGAUCAACUACUCUAGAAGAGGAAAUGUUCUUCACUCUGGUUAAAUUACGAUUGGGACUUCAAACUGCUGACUGUGCUAUCAGAUUUGGUGUAGCGACUUCUACAUUUAGCUCAAUAUUUACAGCAUUGGUGACCCUUUUGUCUCAAGAAUUGGAAUUAAUAUGUAAGAUGCCAGACACCACAGAAUUGUACAACAAUGAACAGGCCAGUUGCUUUGAGGAGUUUCCAAAUGUCAGAGUUAUUAUAGAUUGCACUGAGCUGUUUGCAGAAACCCCAAGUGCGUUAAGCGCCCACAAACAAUUCCAUUCAAAUUAUAAACAUCAUUCUACAGUGAAGUUCUUAGUGGGGAUGAACUCUGGUGGAGCCAUUACAUAUAUCUCAGAUAUGUAUGGAGGAAGAGCCAGUGAUAAAUUCAUAACAAAUGAAUCACAUGAUCUCCUCAACAGUCUAAACCCAGGAGAGAAGGUCAUGGCAGACCGCGGCUUUACGAUUGCAGAAGAUCUUCCUGUUGGAGUAAAUCUGAUCAUUCGCUCUUUCAAGCACAAAGACAAGUCCCAGUUUUCAAAAACCGAGCUCAAAAACAAUAAAAAGAUAUCUGAAUCUCGUGUACACACUGAAAGAGCAAUUAGAAGAAUCAAGCAAUUUCAGAUCUUGAAGCAAGAGAUGAAGCUUACUCAAAUAGAUAUUUACUGUAAUAUUUUAAAGGCAUGUGCAUAUCUGGUGAACUUUCAAGACCCCUUCUUAAAAGUUGAAUGA